AUGGCCAAACUAGUCGCCAAGGACCCCCACGAACUUACUCAGUUCUGGAGCUUGACCUACCACUUGAACAGGUUCUACGCAAGAUUGCAUGGCUACCGAUUUCGCAGGCCCGACAUCAGCAACGAGGCCCUCUUCGAGAUGCUGCAUGACGGGCUCGAGCCUCCGAGGCGCGUGCAGUGGUCCAUCGUGCGCCUCAUACAGCAAGAGUUAGAAGACAGGACUUGUGAUUUCGUCGUGUGGAUGGACAGCGACGCAUACAUCGUCUCCUCGGAGCCACUGGAGACCGUUCUGGUGCAGAACGGUUUGUUGAACUCCUCUGACCCCAAUAGCUCCCGUGGUCGGCAACUUAGCCAGUGA